GUUGCCGGUGUUGCAGGAACUCCCGCCAUUUUUCAAUCAGCUAUAAACAGUCUUGUUUGUUUAUGUAAUUAACGCCCCAAAAUCAGAAUCUACGCGGUUCACAAUCUGUGCGGACAAGGGAGUGUAAAGUCGUUCUGGCCCGGAGAUUCGAGUGCAACACGGACCCGAGCGGUUUAUGAAAGCCCGCCAUACCCGCUCUGACGGACCGCCUCCGCCGCGUUUCGCGCUUUCAACCCCGGCAUUCGGGAGCUUCCGUUCACUCCUUCAUAAACACUCUUACAGCCAGAUCACCAUGACACAACCGCUUCCCGAACCAGCGGAUUUCCCCGAGGACAUGUAACUGACCAAUUUAGCCGUAGUUUUGUUUGUUUUGUUUUCACGCGCUUCAUCAAGAAGUCGAGCGUCGCGCGCUAGCCUAGCUCAGUCGCUACGCCGUCAACGUGCAGAUUUCGCGGGAUAUUUAGUUCAAGACAUCGACGAGCUCUUUUGGUACUUUAAUUUACCGACAUAUCCGUGGUUGCAGCAGCAGUAGCCCACGAUGGCACCGUUGUUGGGUCGAAAGCCGUACCCGUUGGCUAAGCCGCUGUCGGAGCCGCCGGGCCCUGGAGAGGAGGUGUUCAUCAUCGAGCACACUAAAGAGGCCUUCAGGAACAAAGAAGAGUAUGAAGCUCGAUUACUUCGGUAUGGAGAGAGGAUAUGGACGUGCAAAAGCACUGGCAGCAGCCAGCUCACACACAAGGAGGCCUGGGAAGAGGAACAGGAGGUCACAGAGUUGCUUCAGGAGGAGUAUCCAGUGUGGUUUGAGAAGCCAGUUCUGGAGAUUGUGCAUCAUAACACAGUACCUCUUGAUAAGCUAGUGGACCUGGCCUGGGUGGAGAUUCUCACCAAAUAUGCUGUUGAUGAGGAGUGCGACUUUCUGGUUGGCCAGGAGAAAAGUUUGCGUGUGAAAAUAGUGAAGAUUCAUCCACUCGAGACCCCACCUGAGGAACAUGUGGAGAAAAAGAUGGAAGGAGCUUGUGAUUCACCUUCUAGUGAUAAAGAGAAUACCAGUCAGGAGAACCUGAAGAAGGAACCACAGGCCAAAGAGGAGGAGAGCAGGAGAGAGAGCCUCUCUGACAGGGCACGUCGCUCACCCAGAAAACUCCCCACCAGUAUGAAAGAAGAGAAGAAGAAAUGGGUGAUGCCCAAGUUUUUGCCCCACAAGUAUGAUGUCAAACUCCUCAAUGAAGACAAAGUAAUCAGUGAUGUCCCAGUAGACAGCCUUUUCAGAUCUGAGCGGCCGCCCAACAAAGAAAUCAUGCGCUACUUCAUCAGACACUACGCAGUGAGGUUGGGCUUGGGAGAGAGCGCCCCCUGGGUGGUGGAGGAUGAAUUGGUGAAAAAGUUCAACCUGCCAAGCAAAUUUAGUGACUUUUUACUGGACCCACACAAGUUUUUGGCAGAAAAUACUUCAACUAAGAGGAAAAGCAUGAGCUCAGUGGAAGGUAAACCCAAUAAGAAGCAGAAGAUGGGAACAGACGGAGAGCAAGGCAAUGUAAAAGUGGAAAAAAAAAAGAAAAAGGUCUCCCAGAACAUACCACUUAGCCCAACCCUCUGGGGACAUUUGCAGGCGAAGAAAGUUAAUGGAUCCCCUUUAAAAAUGAAAAACUCAGGUACAUCCAAGAAAUCUGAGGAUGACAACAUCCUCGGCACACCAAAAUCUAGCAAAAAGCAGGGAGACAAGAAACCCACUGAUGCCAAAAAGAGUCGCAAGAGUGGAGGUGCCAAGACUCCCAAUAGCCAGAAGGCCACCAAAAAAGAGGAGAAAAGCUCUGGAAGCUCCAAGAAACCUAAAAUGAAGCAGAUGACCCUUUUGGAUCUUGCUAAAAGCCCAUCUGCUUCAGAAAGCCCAAAAAAGCGAGCACGGAGUUCAAGUGCUGGAACCCCCAAGCUGGGCAAACCUUUGCCUCCUAUGGCCUUGCAUCUCCUUCGCUUUUACAAGGAAAAUAAAGGCAAAGAGGACAAAAAGAACACACUGUCCUCACUGGCAUCUAAGGCGGCAAAAGCACUCUCUGUAGAAGAUCGCAACCGACUGCCAGAGGAGCUGAAAGAGAUUGUGCAGAAGCGCUGGGAGUAUCUUGAGCAGAAACGCCGCUGGGCCCUCAUGAGUGAAGAAGAGAGGCGGCAAGAAAUUAAACAGAAACUUCGUGAUAAAGCAAAAGAGCGAAGGGAGAAGGAAAUGCAGAUGAGACGGGAGAUGUCACGGCGUUACGAAGACCAGGAGAUUGAAGGCAAGAUUCUGCCAGCAUUCCGUUUGUACGACAUGCCUGAAGGGAUGCCCAAUGCCCUCUUUGGCGACAUCGCCAUGGUGACUGACUUCCUUCAUUGUUUCGCUGGCCUGUUGAUGCCAGAUGAUCAGUAUCCAAUCACCUCUGUUGCUCUAACGGAGGCAUUAGCUGGAGAGAAAGCAGGUUUCCUCUACUUGAACCGUGUUCUAGUGGUGCUUCUUCAAACGCUGUUGCAAGAUGAGUUGGCAGAAGGAUAUAGUGAACUGGACAUGUCAUUGUCAGAGAUCCCGUUAACAAUGCACUCUGUAUCAGAGCUGGUGCGACUGUGCUUGCGACCGUCGGAUGCACACGAAGGUGACGAGAGCAUUCACAGCUCCGAUAACUGGCCAACUGCCGGUGGCUAUGAUGACGUGGUGAGCAGUGAGUUCUUGGAGAAGCUUGAGACGUCAGAGGUGUUUGAACUGACCCCUCAGGAAAAGGUUAGCCUGCUGGUGGCACUUUGUCAUCGUAUCCUCAUGACCUAUUCAGUGGAGGACCACGUUGACGCUAUGCAGCAGCGAUCGGCUGAGCUGUGGAAGGAACGACUCGCCACACUCAAAGAGGCCAAUGACCGUAUAAAGGCAGAGAAGCAGAAACGCAAAGAGCAGAUGGAGAUGAAAACUGAGGUGAAGGCAGAUGGAAGUAGUGAAGGACCGGUCAAGGCAGAAAAGAAGAAAGAAGCAAACGUGAAGAAAGAACAGAAAGCGGCAAAGGUGAAGGUCGACCCAGAGCCUGAGGACUUGAUCAGCACAGUGAAAAGCAGACGCUUGAUGUCCAUUCAAGCCAAAAAAGAAAAAGAAGAGCAGGAACGGCUAAACAAAGAGCGUAUGGAAAAGGAGGCAGAGGAGGAGAGAAUCAGGAGGCAGAAAGUGGCGGCAGAAAGAGCCUUUCAGGACGGCAUUGCUAAAGCAAAGCUGGUCCUGAGGAGAGGACCACUGGGUACAGACCGCAAUCACAACAGGUACUGGCUGUUCUCUGAUGUGGUUCCAGGACUGUAUAUUGAGAAGGGCUGGGUACAUGAGAGUAUAGACUACACGUUCACCCUUCCUCCGGAGGAGCAGCCUGUGCAAACUGAGGAAGAAGCCAAGAAACAGGAAGAAGUGAAGAAAGAGGAAACAGAAGAUUGCGAGAAAGAGGAGGAGGGCAGCAUAGCCAGUGCUUCUAAUGAAAAUGGCCAGCAGGUGGUGCCAGUGCCUGAGACUUGCAUUGAGACCUCUGUGCCCAAACAAGGCCAAAACCUCUGGUUUGUGUGUGACACUCCCAAAGACCUUGAUGAACUAAUAGAGAGUCUGCACUCACAGGGAGUACGCGAGUGUGACCUUAAAAUGAGACUGCAGCUCAAAUACCAGGACAUUUUGCACUCCAUCCAUCUGACGAAGAAAGGUAACCCUGGCCUGAAGGCCUGCGACGGACACCUGGAACUGCUGAAAUUCUUGCGUAGUGACCUCAUCGAGGUGGCCUCUCGUUUGCAGAAAGGAGGCCUGGGCUACAUGGAAGACGUCUCUGACUUUGAGGAGAGGGUGAAUCAGUUGGAGAAACUGCAGGACUUCGGCGAGUGUUUGAUCACCCUUCAGGAGAGCGUGAUCCAGAAGUUUGUGCAGGGCUUUAUGGCGCCUACAGAGAAAAAGAAGACUGGCGAGGAAAGCACGUCUGCAGAGGAGGUGGACGAUCAGAAGAGACUGGCUGAGGAGGCCAGGGUAGCGACAGCAGUGGAGAAGUGGAAAGCUGCUGUCCGUGAAGCUCAGACAUUCUCUCGCAUGCAUGUGUUGCUUGGCAUGCUGGACGCAUGUAUCAAAUGGGACAUGUCUGCCGAGAAUGCCCGCUGCAAAGUGUGCCGCAAGAAAGGUGACGAUGAUAAGUUAAUUCUGUGUGAUGAGUGUAAUCAAGCCUUCCACCUGUUAUGUCUGCGGCCAGCUCUGUAUCGGAUACCCACGGGCGAGUGGCGCUGCCCAGCCUGCCAGCCAUCCACUGAGCGGCGCAGUGCCAGGUUAAGAAACUACAAGGAGGACAGUGAGGAAGAGGAUGACUCCGAGGAGGAAAAAGAGUCUGAAGAGGAAGAAUCCGAUGAGGACCGGGACACUGGCCACUGCUUGAGGCCCAGGAAAAAGUCAAAGUCAUCUUUGAAGUCCAAAGUACAGAGUAAACCACCACAAAGUAGACCGACUCAGGCUAGAUCUGCGCCUCGGGCUAGAUCUCCGCCACGGUCUAGAUCUCAGAGUAAAUCUCCACCACGGAGUAGACAUCCACCACGGUCUAGAUCUCCAGCACAGACUAAACCACCAUCGAAGCAGUCACCACCCAGUGUCAAACCAGCACCUAAAUCACAACCAGCGUCGAGCAACUCUGCCGACAUCAAUGAGCUGGUUCGACUGAGCUCCAAGACUGGAAAUAGGAAACAAACGGUUCAGUUGGAGAAAUGUGAGGAGAUCCUUCAGAAGCUUGUGAAGUUCCGCUACAGCUGGCCCUUCAGGGAACCAGUGUCUGCUGAAGAAGCCGAGGAUUAUCAAGAAGUCAUCAGCAACCCUAUGGACUUCGCCACCAUGCAGAACAAGUUCACGUCCCACCAGUACCGCAGCGCCCAAGACUUCCUAGAGGAUAUGAAGCUCAUCUACUCCAAUGCAGAGGAGUACAACCAGCCUAGAAGCCAUGUCCUCAGCUGCGCUGAGCGCACAGAGCAGGCUUUCAUUGAGCUUCUGCAGAAGAGCCUGCCUGGGGCCAGCUACCUGCGCCGUCGAAUGCGCAAACGCCCUGCAUUAUCCUCUGAGGAGGAGGAGCAGGAGGAUGAGGAUGACGACAAAGGGGAGAAGAUACAGAACGGGAAGCAAGCAAAAGCCAGACAGAAGGAUGAUGGUGAGGAAGAUGCGAGACAACGGAAAACCAAGCAAAGCGGUGGACGGCUAAAACAUGCUGACAGCGAAAGCAAGGAAGAGGAUGAAGAAAUUGUAGAGAGGAAGAGCAAGCGGACGAAAAGGAAAUUUUAUCAGGAACAGGAAAGCGACGGUGAGAAGGAUGGCAGAAGAACUGGAUUGAGAAGAACGUCACGUUCUGUGACUUACGACAAGGAGGCUAGUAGUGACGAGGACUCUCUGGCCCAGCAACAUUCCAGGAGGCUAAAACGCUCAUGAAGACCGGGGGCUUUUUUUUUUUUUCUUUUUUUUUUUUCUUCCUUUUUCCUUUAUCCUUUUAAUCACAAGGCAUCACGGGCCACCCCAUACCCACUGCAUAUCUGGCAGAACCCUCCCUCGCCCCCAAUGUAGAUGUUUCUGUUUAUUUGACUAUUUGGGGGUUUUAUGUUCAUAUUUUGGAGAAAGCUGAUUUAUAUUUGUAAGUUGAUUAAUUACUGUGACACUUGUUUAUCAACCUGGAGAUUUGCAUUUGAAAACAAGAUGUCAUCUCUGAGCUCUUAAUAUGUUUUUUUUUUUCGUUUGAUAUUUGCCCUAAAAAAAAGGGAUAAAAAAAAAAGAAAUUAACCAUUUGUAUUCCCUGAAAGUUUGUAAUUGUGUUGCAACACCUAGCCACAUCACAUUUCGAUGAUGUCGAAGGAUGUUUCAGAAAGCACUCUAAAAUAAUUUAAAAAAAAUAUCUACCAGAAUGGAACUUGGACUGGUUGUGAAGACCCUCAUGCAACCUUUCAAUUGAAGUAACCAGUGACUGUCUAUGAAACUGACCUUAUGUGCUCUGCAUUUUCUGAGCUGUUUAAUUGACACGUACCACUCAUGGUGGUAUGACGUGGAACUAAAAGUCAUCUUUUUGUCCUUUUUUGUUUUUGGUCAUUUCACAAUAAAAAUGAUUAUUGUCCUUAAGUUUGGUUGAAUAAUUUAGGCAGGCAAGGCCUUUUUUUGAAUAAAAAUGAAGCUUGGAAAUAAGCAGGAGUAUUGAACACUAUUUUGUAAAGUGGCCUGUUGGCGUCUCGAUAAUCUUAACUCGUGCUGCUCUUAUUCCCUUGAAGCCAGUAGAUGUCACUCUACUACAAUAUAACUUAAGAGAUUUAUUGCUCUCAAGAUAAAGUUCCCCUUGCUGUUAAACUGACAUUUGAAUGUUAUAUCCCCACUAAAGACCUUGCAGUGAUGAACUUAAUCAAAAGUCAACAAUCAGUAUAAUAAAAGCAAAUACAGAUCCGUUUUAUAACCCUUGACUAUGACACUAUGCCUGAAAUUCCAGUGUCUGAUUGGAUGGCACAGAAUGGGUUUCAAGUUUGGGUGUUGUGUGCUUGUCCAUUCAUCAAACAUGCCAUAACUAUCAUUUUAGACGGCAUUUUGCAUUUGAUCACAGAAGUCUCGGGAUAGUUUGCCAUAUUCGCUGCAAUAAGUGUUCAAAUGUGCAGUCUUGGUUUGAAGACUUCAGGUAUGGUAGUCCACAACGAAAGUUUUGUGUAAUGUCAUCACGUAUUCAUGACAAUUCUUGAUUGAAACAAAUUUUUAAUGAAGGUUUCUGCUUGUAUUCUCCCCUCCCCAUCUAGAUUUGGCUCAAGCUUAAUUUGGUAAAAGGAAAACAAGGUCAUUGUAUCAUAACCUUUUUGUGUCUCUGGACUUGACGUCACGGUUUUUGUGCUUUUUUACUUUUAUUACCAUUUUCGUAAACUUACAGCAUAUUCAUCUUCAAUUUCCAUUAUCAUCACAAUGGCUGGGAAAUAACUGAUAAACGGGCAGAAACUUUGGAAUGUACCACCAAGAUGUUCUGGAUUCUGUCCUCUGGUUCAAGUGAGUCUCCUCACAGUUGUAAAUGCUUUCUUUCAGGUUGGAGGUAUUAGUGGUGAUCAAAUACAGUUAAUAUGUAUUUAUAGCUCUGCAACUUGGUAGGGAUGUUCUUUAAGAAUUUCCUAACCUCUUUUGCACCCUCUGAUUUUUUUUGAGACUUCAUUUUUAUUUCUAAAAGUGUUUUCCUUUUAUAAAGAUCCUUUUAGUGUCACUGCCAGUUGUAAAAUCUUGUUAUAUAAAAGUGA